UAUACAAAUGUGAUUUUUUUUCAGUCCUGGUUGCUGUUGAUGGAAAUUACACUGGUUUAGUAUAAUGGGAAAUUCAAUCCAGUGUGUGAUCCUCGAAGUGCAAACGUGCAGGAAAACCCGGACUGUUUCUGUCCGCGUCAGCACCAAAACAAAGCCAGGGAUUCCCCGGUGUUUUAAGACUCUGUGGUCGAAACUACACGCUUUGUGUACAGCCUAAGGAGUCAUUAAAGAAAUGGAGGGUUGUGAAUAACAUGCAGAGAGCUGAUGGGACUCGAUCACUCGGUAAGCACGCUGCUGCAAAACGCUAUAUUAUCUGUAGUCUUAUGUUGCUUUUGAGUGCAGUGGGGAUUUUUGUUUACCCAGUCAACACAGUGAAAAUGAUCGACAAGUGCUCGUCAUUAGACUAAAUUGAAUAUUCUUACAAAUUACAAACACGAUUUGGGAGUCACAUAGCCUAGGACCAAUGUCAAUAAAGUGGUUUCUAGAGAAAUCACGUUCAAACACACGGUUCUUUAGUGCAAUCAUGCAUUGUUUUUGAGUUUUGUUGCCCAUUGCUUCUGUUCACUGGAUUUCUCCGCUCCGCAUUAAUUAACUCUUUUAUCGUAUUAUCAUAUUAGAACACCAACAUUUUAUUCCCACUCUUUACGAUGACCAUCUACACAUCUACGACCAGCUACUGGUGUAAAAAAUGGCCAAUUUGUAGUAGUUAUUACACAAUAUAUCGGGUAAGAAUUCGAGUAUAGAAACUAUUAUUGAAAAUAAUAUUCAGUUUCUGACAAUAGAAUUUAAGAAAUAGGGAAUUUCAUCCAUAUUAUAUACAGUCCAGCCUUUAAUUACAGAACAAAAACACAGUCAUAACUGUUAUUACGAGAAAGAACGAGUUAGUCUGGUGUCCGUGAAUGCGACACCGAUUCAUCAAGAGGAAUGUCAGCCUCGGGAAGUAACACCGCCCGUGAUUGGACGGUAAGCCCCACGUGACCAUUCCCAAAGCGGAGUUUCCACGACAGCUGGAAGCCGAGCGGCACAGGCGCAUCGCUUCUUUCGUCCAAAUUGUCGGAAAUAGCGCGACUUGUGCUCGUUCCAGCGCCUCCACGGGAACCCUGGUCUGGCAUGGGCGACAAGAGGAGUCCCACAAGGCCGAAGCGUCAACCGAAGCCCUCCUCCGACGAGGGGUUUUGGGACUGCAGCGUGUGCACCUACAAGAACACGGCCGAGGCAUUUAAGUGCAUGAUGUGUGAUGUGAGAAAGGGGACUUCAACAAGGAAGCCUCGUCCCGUCUCCCAGCUCGUCUCACAGCAGCAGGUAACGCAGCAGUUUGUGUUGCCGUCCCAGCCCAAGAAGGAGAAAAAGGAGCGGGUGGAGAGGGAGAAGAAUGACAGAGAGCCAGCGCUCAAGAAGAACAGUCACAAAAAGAUGAGGCCGAGAUUAAAAAAUAUCGACCGGAGCAGCGCCCAGCAUCUGGAGGUGACGGUUGGGGACCUGACGGUCAUCAUAACAGACUUUAAGGAGAAGGUCAAGCCCUCGUCCACCUCGGCCACGUCCUCCAGUGCCACGUCGUCGGUGGUUGACCACCACAGCCAGAACGGCUCCAGCUCAGAGAACACAGAGAAGGGGCUUUCCAACUCCUCCUCACCCAGAGGAGAGGGCAGCUCAGUCAACGGAGAGUCCCACUGAGUCACCCCUUCAGCAUCCACCCCCAGCCACAGUGUCUCAUCUGCCGGUCACUGGAAAGGAAUUUGUCUUUUCUUUUGAGAUGCACACAACUUUUUUGGUUUCACUUUCUGCGGACAUUGGGACAGAGACUAGAGGUGCUAGACCACCGGGUUGGAGCAGGUUGAACCGUUCGACAGACUCUUCUCUUUAAGAAAGCAAUAUAAAAUAAACCCGAGCUUCACCGUCUGUCAAGCUGCAGUUGUCUAUAUCACAGACACGUCUGGACCGCGUGCCACAGCCUUUCAGAUUCCUAUUUCCUUCAGGUCAAGUUUUCUUUUUUUUUUUCUUCUCAAAGUGACCCUGCCCCCCCGCAGCCCUGGUGUCGUCUUGAGCGGCUGACAGAGUGACCUUUUCUUCUCACCCAUGUGGAAUUUUCAGCCUCUGUCAGGAUUCUUUACCUCCCUGUUAUAAACCUGAACCACCCACCGUAGUACACAGUGUCCUUUCACUAAACCUUCUCUCUGACAGUGAACCGUCACUCACUGAUCUCCAAACGCCAGGCUGUUACUGAACAGCCUCGGCUGAGAGCGACUGUCUGACAGAGUUUCAGCGGCUCUCCUGACACCAUCGGGUUGAUUUCCAUCCCGUCUGCAGCAGCAGCAGCAGCAGCUUCAGCUUCUUUCCUCUGUAAAAAACGCAGCCUGGCAGAAUAAGUCCAGGAUGUGACUUUUUUUCAAUGAAUUUUUUUUUUUUUUUUGCCACGUAAACUUUGUUUUUCCUUCCCAGAUGCCACUCAAUGUUUUAACAAUUGGUACAAAUUUGCUGAGCCUAAUGUUAAUCACACCUUAUUAUGGCUAAUUGUGACAGCGCUGUAUAUGUGCCCUAAAGCUCUGAGCUAUUUAGAUCGUCAAACAUUUAAUCGCUCAUUAGGAAAAGCAUAACACACAAGUUUGAGACAUAUUUUUGUGCUCUGUGUAAACUAGUGACAAUGUAUUAGCUUUAGCAGCUACGUUUAUUGGAAAAUCUCAGGGCAAUGUCAUGACACCCAUAUAAUCAAUGCUGCCCUCAGGCUAAAAAGUCCAGGUUUUAUUUCUUGCAGUUCGUGUAAAACGCGGUAUAUUACGGUUUGUCGUGAAAAGUCAAACAAGUUUUUAUAAGAAAAUGUUGCCGCGUUGGCGAAACAACGCACAGUUGGGGUUCUUGUGGAUUUGGCUGGUAAACUGUUAGACUAUUCCACAAUUAUGAGAAACUUAUAACUGUUCCAUGAUGCACAGUGUUGGUGUGGGAUUACAUAAUCGCCCACUGGCAGAGACAGGUCUCCCACAGUCUUUUCAGAGUCAAGUUAUUUUGAGACAAACACUGUCUGUUCAUAGUUUAACUGAAGAAUGGAUGAACAGUUUUGGUUCUUUUCUCAUUCACUCGGUUCAGAUCUUGGUCUCGUUAACCUGGAAUUUCUGUUGAAAGAGCAGCACCCAGAUGGCUACCAUGUGUAACGGAGGUCAAAUAUCGGAUGAUGGUUGAUACAUGAAGUCCUUACCAAAAAUAAACCUCUCUCUCUUUUUUUAUGUUCAGAGAAAGUUCACUGCUAAUCGUGGCUCCUUAAGAUAACAGAUGGCCGUUUGGUGGUUUGACAGCCAUCCAUUCUUUAGACAAAAGCUCUUCAAGAGGGGGUCUGCGAUCCCUAGAGAGUCCGCUAAGGUACUGCAGGCGGUUCAAGAAGAUUUUUUGGUUGAGGCGCCAAUUAUUUACAGUCCCUCCCUCCUUUUUUUCCCACUUAUUUUUAGUUGUGUAAAAAAAGUAGUAACAAGUCCGUGCUCCAUCUUCAUAAUAUAAAAGUCCACCUAGUGUUUGGAAGCACCCAGAUGUAGUUUUACAGGGAAAUGUGCCGAUGGAUAAAAAUGUACUCUCACGUCUUCAUGGUGUGUUUUCACAAAACAAGACAAGAAAAAAACAAGCGCCUGUUUUCUCCAAGCCAAUGCUAACGCUGAUUCAGCUGUUGUAUGGAAUAAAAUAGUAAAGAUGGACAUUUCGAAACUCUCAACCUCAGGUUGGAGUCGUAAAUUUUCGCAAAUGGACGUCGCUAGCCUAGUCAGUGAUGAUCACGUAUGACACUAAGUCUGAUAUUCAACAUACAUUUUAGCAAACACAUUUUUCGCUGAAGUUGAAAUAACCCAUAAUUCCCAUCGUUAACACUGCCCUACAACACUGUUUUGUUUUGUUUUGUUUGCACUGACUGUUGUACUCGGUGCAAACUGUCGUAACCCAUUGGAUGAAACACUCACAUUCAGCCAAGUAAACCCAUUUACAAGUUAAUUUCUUCUUCUGCUGGACCUGUGGCCGACGUCGAGUCAAGAUUAAUGUUUAUUUCCGACGUCAUUC